GUGUCCUCAGCCCGCCGGACCCGCGGGCCUCAGCUCGUUAGAGAUGCAGGCGCGUUUCGGACGGCGCUCGGGACUGUCGAAGGAAAGCACAGGAAUGAAGGACUGUGAAAAAGAUGACGUUCCCUAUCCACCUCUCCUGCCCAGAAAGGUUAAUCUCCAGGAGGUCACCAUAAUCCCACACAAUGAGUGGGAAAGGAUUCGGGGUAGCCUGGACAAGUUGACAAGAGAAGCAGCAGCCCUUCGUGCAGAAAGAACGGCAAAGAGAAGGAUGCACACCCAGUCCCAGAACUUGGUAAAACACUGGACUAACACAUACGCAGGAAUGAAAGAACAGAAGCUUAAAGCCAAGCAAAAGCGUGGUGAAGAGCUUGAGGCUGAAAGACAAAUUCUUGAUGUGGAGGAAGAACUACACAAAGAAGGAGAAAGAAAGAAGGCCAUUGAAAGCGCAAAGCAGUAUCAGUUUUACCAGACAGAAAGAGUGAAGAGCUUUCAUUCAGGACUUCUUCUCAGUAGAGUUAUGAAAGAGCGUGAUGCCCAGAUUCAGUACAAAAAGAAUACAGAAAAAUCAGAUAAAAAAUGGGAGGAGCAAUUGAAACUCAGCUCAGAAAAAGCUAUUAAAGAAGAGAAAGAGAAAGAAGAAAAACAGCGCCAAGCAAGAUUAGCUCUUGCCAAAGAUCAUCUGAAACAAAUAAAGGAACGUGAAGAGGAAGAAAAAGAAAGGAAGAAAAAUGAAGAAAAAGAUUCUGAGGAGAUAAAGCGGCAGAAUUUGCUGUAUGAAAUAGAAGUGAAAAAAAAACUAAGCAAGAAACAGAAAGAGAUAGAUGAAAACAAGAAACAAUUUUUUGACAGUAUACAUGAUAAAAACAUCAUCCGAGCUAUAGAACAACAGCAGGAAGAGGAGGAAGAUGAAAGGACCAUGAAAUUUAUCAAAGCCAAAAAACGUCUUAUGCAAAUGAGGCAAGACAAAGAAGCUGAAAUACAAAGGCUAAUGGAAGAGCGGAAAGAAAGAAUUAAUAACUUCCUAACUGAACUAAUGCAACAGAAACUUGAUAAUGAAGAUUUUAUUAUUGCAAGAGAUGUUGCUGAAGCUGAGGCUGAACGGGAGAAAGCAGAAAAAGAAAAAAAUGAAAAAACUCAAGCAGAACUGAAAGCAAUCUCAGAACAUAGAGCCACUGUGAUGAAAAAUAAAGAGGAAGAAGAAAGACAGAGAAAAAUCGAGUCUAAAGAACAAUUGCUGGCUCUCUUGGAGGCAGAUAAGCUCUUCCAGGAGCUUGAAAAGGAGAAAAAGCUCAAAGCUAGCAUAAAGCAACAAGAAAUUCAAGAUGCUCACGUUCAGAAAAUGGCUGUAAAUAAAUUCAAUGCAAGACAAUUGAAAGAAGAAGACUUGGAGUACUGGAGGCUCACUGAAGCCCUUGCAGCCGAGAAGGAGGAAGAGUUUCAGAAGUAUGCUAGAGAAGUGAUUGCAUGCGAAUCUGAAUCAACAAAGAAAUACACUUACCCUCUGGUCAGAGCUGUGCAGGAAGGAGUGGGCGGUGGGCAUGGCCCGCCCUUCGUAGGCAGAGGUGGGAUAAGACCCAGCUAUCAGGCAACUGAUGCCACUGGCAUCCAGCUCCCUUUCUAUAACUCUCAAGGAUCAAAGUUUGAUUUUCAGAAGUCGAAGAGAAGGCUAGGUUUUACGUGGUAAAACAAAAAACAAAAACAAAACAUUUUUAUGAUUGAUAAAUUUUAUUGUAGCCAAGUAUGAGCUACAAAUAUAAUGGAAUUUCUGGUAAUAAAGCUACUACUCAUCUUUAUAAAUGUUCAGGAGUCUGUGCAUGUGUGUGUAGAUUCCAGAGAACAGCCUGGGGUGUUUUUUCUUACCCCGCACCCACCUGUUUUAGAAAACUGAACCUCUCAGUGGCCUGGAACUCGACAAGCAGGCUGACCAGUGAGCCCCAGGGAUCUGCCUCUCUCCAUCUCCUCAGCACUGGGAUUACAAGUUUGUGUUAUUACACAGGAGUUUUCCUCUAAUGUGGGCUCAAAGUCAGGUUCUUACUUCACUGACUGAGCUGUAUGCUCAGCCACACAAUGUCAGUUUCAGUUAAAAUGUUAUCAGUAGGACAAAGCGCAUUCCAGGAUUGUACAACCUUGACCUUGUACGAAUGGAGCAGUACCUCAGCUCCCCUCCACACAGCCUCUGCUUUGUCUGUAAGAACGCAGCCAUGCUGUGGACCUCAGAGUCUGCUUUACGUCACAGAGCGUGUUUCUGUGUUGUGUACCAUGUCAGUACUUCGUUCUUACGGCUAAAUCAGGGCUGGCUCUUAACAGACAUUCAUGUGCUUGUUCAACUUGUCACUCAGUUCUCCGUUGUUCAAAGCUUUAUUGUUACUAAUAUGCUUAGACAGUUUCGACUUCUGUUUCUUGUGUGAAGUAUACCUCCAAGACUGAAAAUUACUUAAAAUAAUUGUAUAUGUAGCAUUAUUGACUUGAUACAAAAGAUCACUGAGUUUUUACGAACUGAACUUUCCUUUUUAAAAGUUGUGAUAAAAAACCGAACAUGAGCUAGCACACGUCGAAGUAUGGCUUAAUAGUGCUAAGUAUAUUUUUAUUACUAUGCAGUUUCUGGAUGUUUGUUAUUCUGCACAACUGAAGUUAUACUCAAAGUAUCCCUCAUUCUCUCCUUCCCUCAGCUUUGGUGAACCAAAGCUACAACUCUGUACCUACAACUCUGGCAGAACACCUCAUAUAAAUAGAAUCGUACAGUAUGUACUUAAACGUAUUUAUUUUCAUGUGUGUUUUGCCUACAUGUAUGUAUAUGCACUAUGUGCAUGACCUGUGUUCAGAGGCCAGAAAGGGGUGUUGGACUCCCCGGAACUGGAUUACAGAUAAUUGUAAACUACCAUGUGGGAGCUGAGAACCAAACCAGGUCCUCUGCAACAGCACUCCAAGUCUCUGAGCCGUCUCUCCAGCCCCGAGGGUCAUUUCUUCUUCCUUUUUAGAUGCGUCCAUGUAGCCCAGGCGGUUCUCGAGCUCUUUCAAGUGACUGUGAGGUUGUGUCUCUAUUAGUUUGUUCUGGGAUUUAGCCCAGGGCCUUGCCACCUUGGUGGUGGUUACUGUCCCGAGUGCAUGUGAUUUUUUUUUCCGAGACAAGAUCUUAUGUAGCUCAGGCUGAUCUCAAACUCACAACCCCUCCACCCAAUCUCAUCAGCUUCCCAACUACUAGGAUUAUAUUCGGGCAUCACCACACUGAUGACCCUUUCAUAUUUUUAUUGGUUGGUGUGUGUGUGCGCCAAAGAUAAACCUUAGAUCUUUUUCAAGAGCCACCCAUCUUUUUUUUGGGGGGGAGGGGGGAGUCAAAGGUCUCACCCUUCUCCACUCCCCCUCUUCCUGGUGCUUGCAUUGCAAGUGCAUGCCAUCAUGUCCAGCUUUUGGAGUACUGGGGACCCAGUGCACAUCCUCAUGCUUACACAACAAAGUACUUUACAGAUUGAGCUGUAUCUCCAGCACCUACCGUUUAUUUUUGUUUUGUGUGUUAUUUUUUGUUUCUUUCCAAGACAGGGUUUUUAUGUGUGUAGUCUUGGUUCUCCUGCCUGGACUUGCUUUGUAGACCAGGCUGAGCUCAGAGAUCCGCCUGCUUCUGCCUCCCAGAGUGCUGGGAUUACAUCUCUGCUUAUUUUUAAAAUCAAAGGUGUAUUACUUUUUCUUUUCUCCCUGGCAGAUUUAGCUGCAUGAAUGUGUUUGUUCAUUCAACAACUGGCAAAGGCAUAUUCUGGUGGUUUUUUGUCCUUUGCUAUUAAAAAUC